AUGAUCAAGAUCAGUCACCACCAUCAAACCCCUUCUCUUCCGAAGCUCAAUCCCAUGCUCAUCUCAACUCUCCAACUCUCCUCCUUUCUCUGCCUCCUCCUCUCCACCACCAUCACCGCCGCCGCCGUAGAUGACAACAGCCCCUGGCUACCUUACACUCCCACCGACUACAUUCUCCUCGACUGUGGUUCAUCUUCUAACACCACCGACGCUAGCCUCCGGAGCUGGGACGGCGAUGUCCGCUCACAAUUCUCGCCGUCGAACAUUGAAAACACGUCGUCGAAUGCUACAUCCUCCAAGUCUGUCAUUCAAGUGCCCUACAAGACUUCUCUUAAUUACUCUGAGCUCGAUAUUACCAACUCUUUCUUCUCCCUCACUUCCAACGACUACACCCUCUUAAACAACUUCAGUGCCUUCCUCACUGUCUCCGCCAUGAAACCCGCAGUUGCUUCCCUUAUAAAGGAGUUCAUCGUCAAUUUUAGGGACAACCAGAUACUGAAUAUAACCUUUUGGCCUUCUCCGAACUCUUACGCCUUCGUUAAUGGCAUUGAAGUCGUUUCAAUGCCAGAAAAUCUCUACAUUCGCGGCAAUGAUCAUCCAAUCCCACUAGUGAGCGAGAACCAAAGAUUUUAUAUUGAUAACAACUCUGCUCUUGAGACUCUCUAUAGAUUAAAUGUUGGCGGUAAUGAGGUCUCAAUAACCAAUGAUACGGGAAUGUUUCGAUUAUGGAGUCCGGACGACGAUUACACCUACGAAGAUUAUGGGUUUACACCUCACAGGGACGUCGCAAUCCGAUAUAGACAGGAGACACCACCCUACACUGCACCGAAGAUCAUUUACACAACCACAAGGACCAUGGGCAACGACAGUUUAAGAUACAAUCUGACAUGGAGAUUUCCUGUUGAUACUGGGUUUUAUUAUCUUCUCAGACUCCAUUUCUGCGAGAUUCAAUUGGAGGUGACCCUUGAGAACCAAAGGGUUUUUAUAAUAUACAUCAACAAUCAAACGGCAGAGAGAAGAGCAGAUGUUAUCUACUGGAGUGGUGGUACUGGAAUCCCGGUGUUUAAAGACUACGUCAUUAUGGUCACCGACCCAGAUGGUCGUCGGAGCAAGCAAGACUUGUGGCUCGCUAUGUACCCUGACCUCCACUUUAGACCUGAGUACGCUGAUGCUAUAUUGAAUGGUUUAGAAAUCUUCAAAUUGAGUGAAACAGCUGGUGUGAAGAAGCACAAUAAUAAAACAUCUAGUUUUCCGGCCAUUAUCGGCAGCGUAGCCGGAGGAGGGUCUAUUCUAGUCUUGAUCUUUGGUUUCUGGAUUUUUCGGCGACGGAGAAGAGUGAAAGACUUGGGUUCAAAAAAGCCCAAGUCAUGGAUCCCCUUAUCCAGCGGUUUAUCACUGUCGUCCGAUCUAUGCAGACGCUUUUCACUUGAGGAGAUGAAAUCAGCUACAUGCAACUUCGAUGAUAGUUUUGUCAUCGGGGCAGGAGGAUUUGGUAAUGUGUACAAGGGCCACAUCGACAACGGUGCAACCACCGUUGCGAUCAAGCGACUGAACCCAUCAUCCAAUCAGGGGUCCACGAGUUCCAAACAGAGAUCGAGAUGCUAUCGAAGCUACGACACCUCCAUGUCGUGUCGUUGA